ACUCCCCCAAAUCUCUAGUAGGGUUUCAAUCUUUGAAUCCCGCAAACAUACAUUUCCUUCCAAGAUUAGAGCAAAUUUCACUCUUAAAAUAGCCCUCAAAUUCUUGCUUAGGGUUUCAAUUUGUGGCAAUGUACGUCAAAGAAAUCUGCUUGGAAGGGUUCAAAUCCUACGCGACGAGGACGGUUGUGUCGGGAUUCGACCCGUUCUUCAAUGCGAUAACCGGGCUAAAUGGGUCGGGCAAGUCCAACAUUCUGGACUCAAUUUGCUUCGUUCUGGGGAUUACCAAUUUGCAGCAAGUUAGGGCUUCCAAUUUGCAGGAGCUAGUCUACAAGCAAGGCCAAGCUGGCAUUACUAAAGCCACUGUUUCAAUUGUGUUUGAUAAUUCGGACAGGAGUCGCAGCCCUUUGGGUUACGAGGAUUGCCCUGAAAUCACUGUCACUCGCCAGAUUGUUGUUGGUGGAAGGAACAAGUAUUUGAUUAAUGGACACCUUGCUCAGCCUAGUCGAGUGCAAAAUCUUUUUCAUUCAGUGCAGCUGAAUGUCAACAACCCACAUUUUCUGAUUAUGCAAGGCCGUAUAACGAAGGUUCUGAAUAUGAAACCUCCUGAAAUAUUGUCCAUGCUUGAGGAGGCUGCGGGGACUAGAAUGUAUGAAACAAAGAAAGAGGCUGCCUUGAAAACCCUUGAGAAAAAACAGAGCAAGGUGGAUGAGAUUGACAAGCUUCUCGAUCAGGAAAUACUUCCAGCUUUGGAGAAAUUGAGGAAAGAGAGGAUGCAGUAUAUGCAGUGGGCUAAUGGAAGUGCAGAACUUGAUCGACUUAGGAGGUUUUGUAUAGCAUAUGAAUAUGUUCAAGCAGAAAAUGUAAGGGAUAAUGCGGUUCAGAUGGUGGAAGAACUAAAGGCUAAGAUAGUGGAGAUUGAUAACAAUACAGAAUUGAUGCAUGGAGAAGUACAGCAGAUGGAGAAGCAAGCAUCAGAACUUACUGCUGCAAAGGAAGCUAGUAUGGGUGGGGAGGUGAAACUUCUUUCGGAUAAAGUUGAUGCUCUGUCUCGAGAACUAGUCAAGGAAACUACUGUGUUGAAAAAUCAAGAGGAAAGUCUCGUGACUGAGAAAGAGAAUGCUGGAAAGGUUGAGAGAAAUCUUGAGGAAUUGAAGCAAUCUGUUGAAGAGAGGGCUGCUGCUGUAAAACAUGCCGAAGAUGGAGCAGCUGAUCUUAAGCACAAAUUUGAAGAGCUUUCUAAGAGCUUGGAUGAACACGACAAGGAGUACCAGGGCAUAUUAGCUGGUAAAAGCAGUGGAAAUGAGGAAAAAUGUCUUGAAGAUCAACUUGCCGAUGCCAAAGUUGCAGUUGGCAAGGCAGAGACGGAACUGAAACAGUUGCACACAAAAAUAUGUCACUGUGAGAAAGAGCUGACAGAGAAAACUGAGCAGUUAGUGUCAAAGCAGGAAGAAGCUCAGGCUGUUGAAAAUGAGCUUAAUAAUCGGAUAAAGGAUGUUGAAAAUGUUAAAAAGUUAUUAGAAGCUCUCCCAUACAAGGAUGGUCAAAUGGAAAUAUUACAAAAGGAUCGUGCCAUCGAGUUAGAGACGGUGCAGAAUUUGAAGGAUGAAAUUCGAAUUCUUUCUUCCCAAUUGGCUAAUGUAGACUUUACAUACAAUGAUCCUGUAAAGAACUUUGAUAGAGCAAGAGUGAAAGGUGUGGUUGCAAAACUUAUUAAAGUGAAAGACAGCUCUGCAAUGACUGCUCUAGAGGUUGCUGCUGGUGGAAAGUUGUUUAAUAUUGUAGUAGACACUGAAAAUACUGGAAAGCAACUCCUUCAAAGUGGUGGCCUCCGAAGGAGAGUGACGAUCAUUCCUCUGAAUAAAAUUCAGAGUAAUCCUAUCCCCACAGGAGUUCGAAAUGCUGCUGUUAGACUGGUGGGCGAGGGGAAUGCUGAAGUAGCACUUUCUUUGGUUGGAUAUGACGAAGAACUCAAAAGUGCAAUGGAAUACGUGUUUGGUUCAAUCUUUGUCUGCAAAACCACUGACUCUGCACGAGAGGUGGCUUUUAGCAGGGAGGUUGGAACACCAAGUGUGACUCUUGAAGGAGAUAUCUUUCAGCCUAGUGGUCUUUUGACUGGUGGUAGUCGAAAGGGUGGUGGUGAUCUGUUAAGGCAGCUUCAUACUUUGGCAGAAGCUGAAUCAAAGCUCGCUUUACAUCAGAAGCGCCUAUCAGAAAUUGAAACCAAGAUUAAUGAGCUCCUUCCUCUUCAAAGAAAGUUCAAGGACCUUAAGACACAGUUGGAACUCAAGUCGUAUGAUCUUUCACUAUUUCAGAGCAGGGCCGAGCAGAACGAGCAUCAUAAGCUUGCUGAACUAGUGAAGAAGAUCGAGCAAGAUCUUGGAGAAGCUAAAUCUUCUGUUAAAGAAAAGGAACAAUAUUUUGGAAUCUGUGUUGCUGAAGUUUCAUCUCUUGAAAAGUCAAUUCAUGAUCAUGCUGGUAGCAGGGAGAAAAAACUCAAAGAUUUAGAGAAAAGGAUUAAGGCAAUAAAAGUUCAGAUACAAUCAGCCUCAAAUGCACUUAAGGGACAUGAGAAUGAGAGGGAGAGGCUUGUAAUGGAAAUGGAAGAAGUUAAAAAGGAACAAUCAUCGCUGGAGAGUCAAUUAGCUUCAUUUAAGCAGCUGAUAGACAAUCUCAUCCUAGAAGUGGAAGCUCAAAAGAACAAGGUCGCUUCCUUGCACAAAGAUCAUAGUCAGGCUGAUUUGGAGCUUAAUUUAGCUCGCAUGAAGAUGAAGGAAUGUGAUUCACAAAUCACAGGCAUUCUCAAGGAACAAGAGAAACUUAAGCGCAAAAUUACUGACACCAAUCUUGAGAAGAAGAGGAUGGAAAAUGAUGUGAAACGCAUGGAAGUCGAACAAAAGAAUUGUUCUUUGAAGGUUGAAAAAUUGAUUGAGAAGAAUGCAUGGAUCACAUCUGAGAAACAACUCUUUGGGAGGAGUGGGACUGAUUACGACUUUGCGGCUCGGGAUCCUCUGAAGGAGAGGGACAAUUUCCAAAAGCUUCAAGAUGAAUUAUCAGGCCUUGAGAAAAGGGUCAAUAAAAAAGUUAUGGCCAUGUUUGAGAAGGCUGAAGACGAAUACAAUGAUUUGAUAUCUAAAAAGAACAUUAUUGAGAAUGAUAAAUCAAAGAUUAAGAUGGUGAUAGAAGAGCUUGAUGAGAAGAAAAAAGAAACACUCGGAGUCACUUGGGCUAAAGUUAACAGUGAUUUUGGAUCUAUAUUUUCGACUUUGUUGCCGGGCACAAUGGCAAAACUGGAACCUCCUGAAGGUGGCAGUUUCUUGGAGGGUUUGGAAGUUCGAGUUGCAUUUGGAAGUGUCUGGAAACAGUCUUUGUCAGAGCUCAGUGGAGGACAAAGAUCUCUACUCGCACUUUCACUUAUUUUGGCCCUGCUUCUUUUCAAACCUGCACCACUUUAUAUUUUGGAUGAGGUUGAUGCUGCUCUUGAUCUAAGUCACACGCAGAACAUAGGAAGGAUGAUCAAAACUCACUUUCCCCAUUCCCAGUUUAUAGUUGUUUCUCUGAAGGAAGGCAUGUUCAACAAUGCCAAUGUUCUCUUCCGGACAAAGUUUGUGGAUGGCGUGUCAACUGUGCAAAGAACUGUGACAUCCAAUCCAAGAAAGUGAUAUUGAUUAACUGUGCCUUCGAAGCUAAUCUAGACAAUUGGAGUGAAAUUCUAUAGUCUUGAAUGGUGCUGGAGUUGUGAUUGUCGAAUGAUGAUGCUGGUGUUUCCUCUAGUAAUUGUACAUAUUAGAUUGGCUGGUAAUGAGUGUAAUGACUCGGCAGCUUGAAUGUACAUGUAAAUAGGUAGUAGUGUUGUACCAAAUCAAUCUUGCUUUUCCUCUACUGAUGAUUUAAUCCAGGCAAAACCUGCGCCAGUUUCCUAUUAGUGCUUGUUUUUGGUAUAUGGUAUUCUGAGCCAAUCAAUUGCAGGAAUUGCACAAUCUUGCACAAUUCAUCAGUUGUGACCAAUUGAUUGUAGCCAACUAAUUCUGUUUCAAUUGUAAUCUCUAGAACUAGGAUUUGGUGGUUGACAUU